CCUGGAUCAGAUGAGUUUUUGGGGUAUGACCUCUGCAGGGAUCUUGCUUGUUUUACCCUCCUGUUGGCUGCACUGAACUCACAACAGAGCUGGACAAGGGUGUUAAGUAAAACACAAAGUACCUAUCAUGGCUCCAACAGCUAGCACUGGCUUAGGAUACACCCCCCCAGAUGGUGGUUGGGGGUGGAUGGUUGUAGUUGGAGCUUUUAUAUCCAUGGGAUUCUCCUAUGCAUUUUCAAAAGCUAUAACCGUUUUCUACAAAGAGAUACAAGAGUAUUUUGAUGCUUCAUACAGUGAGAUUGCCUGGAUUUCAUCAAUGUUACUGGCUUGCAUGUACGCUGGGGGUCCCGUCAGCAGCAUUUUAGUAAAUCGCUAUGGCAGCCGGCCCGUUGUUAUGUUCGGAGGGCUUCUAAGUGGAAUAGGAAUGAUAAUAGCCACAUUCAGCACCAGCAUUAUACAGCUCUACAUAUUUGUUGGUAUUGUUGCAGGGUUUGGAUUUUCCAUGAACCUUCAGCCUUCUGUGAUUGUGAUUGGGAAAUACUUCCUAAAAAGACGACCAAUGGCAAAUGGACUAGCUAUGGCUGGUAGCCCAGUUGUACUGUCUACGUUGGCGCCCUUGAACCAGUUUUUGUUUGACCAAUUUGGAUGGCGGGGUAGCUUCUUUAUACUGGGAGCCCUUCUAUUAAAUUGCUGUGUGGCAGGUGCUCUGUUUCGGCCAAUCGAACACACUGUUUCUAAACCUGAAAAAACAAACGAUAAGGAAACAAAAAAGCUCAAUGAGAAAAGUUCAAAUGAGAACGUAGCAGAAACUGGUAAACUACAGGCUAAUGGUAAACCUGAAUCUGAGAUCAACACUGAAAGUUGUUUGGAAAAAUUUAACAAAUUCCUUGAUUUAUCGCUUUUUAAGCAUAGAGGCUUCUUGAUUUACACGGUUGGAAAUGUGAUCAUGUUUUUGGGAUUUUAUGCCCCAAUAGUGUUUUUGACACCCUACGCAAAGCAUCUUGGCGUUGAUGAAUAUUCAGCGGCCUUUCUCUUAUCAAUUCUAGCCAUAGUCGACAUGAUUGCUAGACCCGUUACUGGAAUAAUUGCCAACACCAAGUGGGUACGGCCAAGGAUUCAGUAUUUUUUUGGCUUUUCUAUUAUGUUUAAUGGAUUCUGCCAUCUCAUGUGCCCCUUUGCUAAUGACUAUAUAGGUUUAGUAAUAUACUCAGUAUUUUUUGGCCUCGCUUUUGGUAUGGUCUGUGCAAUGCUCUUUGAAACUCUGAUGGACCUUGUGGGGGCCAAACGCUUCUCAAGUGCUGUUGGACUUGUCACUAUUGUAGAAUGUGUUCCUCUUCUCUUAGGACCACCAAUUGGAGGUGCCAUAGUAGACGUUUUUGGUGAUUACAAGUACAUGUUUUAUGAGUGCGGCGCUCUCUUGAUCGUGGCUGGACUAUUUUUAUUGUUGAUGAAUAUCUACAACUACCGUUUGCUGGCAAAAGAAGAAAAGGAAAAAGAGGCUAAAGAAAUGGAAUUAACUGAAACCAAAUUACCCCUGAAACAGGAGGAUGUGAAAACCGUGGAAGACAAAAUCCAAAAUGGCAGCGAUGUCUCACCUGGAAAAUCAGAAGAAGAAAAAACAACUUCAGAAAACAUAAAAUGGUGAUUUAAAAAAGUGACUGUAUCUGAAACCUCCACCUAGUUCAUAAUAAAGAAUGUACUAAAUACACCAAAUGAGAAAACAAAUAUCUAAAUUAUUAUGUUCUCAUACAGCAGCAAUUCAACAGUAUACAAGAUGGGUGCACAAAUAAUGAUUGGCUGUGCAAUGUUGUAAGAAGAGGAUUUAGAUUUGUGAGAAAUGAACGAAUGUGCCUAAAUGUGCGCAAAACAAAUACACAGUUGUACCCCAUUUGCAGAAUGGCUCGGAUUUGGGAAGUCUGUCUGUCCUACAACUCUUUAUGUCUUGGAUGGCAUAUCUGGGACCAUAUAAAUCAUGCCCAUGAAAAUGCAACCCCCCCACCACAUCGCUCAGCAACAUACUCCAACCAUAGCUCACCUGCCCCGGUCACCCACCCUCUAUCACUUUUAUACAAGGUCCUGUGUUUAAAAACGAAAAUGUUAUGAAAUUAUAGCAAUUAGGUUAUGACUCCUCCAAUACAGACUUUUUAAAAUUUGUAUUUCUUGCAAGUUAUUAAAAUGCUAUAACAUUUCAACAACGUAUGUUUCUAAAUAAGGUGAAAACGGGUAAUUGUGCACAAACUGUUUUUCUGCUGUUGUGUUAAAGCCUAUAUGCCUGCAAUUAUAUAUGCUAUAUGGCUCCUGGAUGUAUAUUUGUCUCACAUUAUCUGCAAUAAUUGCUCAUUUAAAGGUGCUAAUGAUACAGUUAUUAGAUGUAAGUUACCAAAAGAAAUAGCUGAUUAUAUGUCAGUUUUAUUGUGGAUAUAAAGCUCAAUCAAUAUGUAAUUUAAAUGAUACAAAAGUACAGACCAAGCUUAAACUUAAUUUGAUUUUUGAUAAACACUUCUCUCAUGAGUCUAAAUAAUUGUUACAUAUCAGAUGAAUAUAAAUUGUCAGUGUGUAUAAAAUGUUUUUUUGUUUUUUAAAUUUCACAUUUGGUAAAAUAUAAAUAUUUCGCUGUCAGUUUUGGUCUCUCGUUGCCCCAUACCCCUGGUUUCCUAAAGAAGUCCAUUAAGUGAGGUAUAAAAUAAGGGUAGUUGGUUUUCUGUUCAUUUAAAGGGACAGUGUAAACCAAUUUCCAUAUAACUGCAGGUAAUAGACACUUCUAUAAAGAAGAAUAUGCACAGAUACUGAUCUAAAAAUCCAGUAUAAACCAUUUAAAAAUUUACUUAGAAGCUCUCCGUUUAGCACUGCUGAUGAGGAUAGACUGGGACACCGAGUGAAAGGGGCUGGGAAAACGAGAAGAGCAAACACUACUCCUCCUCCUCAUCCAGUUGUUCAAAAUUGCAUGCUCUGUCUGAAUCAUGAAUGUGAUUGCCUGCAGUGUUUUGCAACAUUAUAGCAAAGUUAUACAUUGUUGCAAAACACUAAUGACAAAAAAUAUUUAAGACACAUGCACACUCCUGAGUCCCUAUGAGCUUACCUAGGUUUAGACUUCAACAAAGGAUACCAAGGCAAGUUUUAUUAGAGGUAAAUUGGUAAGUUGUUUAAAAUUGCAUUCUCUAUCUAAAGUAGAAAGUUUAAUUAUUGCAUUAAAUAUUUAAACAUCUUGAA